CAAACAUCAGUUGACAAUUGAAGCACUGCAAUCAACAGAAAUUAAAAACAAUGUUCAAAGUUUCCGUCUUUGUUGCCCUUAUGGCCUUGGCCUCCGUUGCCUUUGCCUAUGAACCUCAGGAAAUUUAUGCCGAACCCAAUUGUGCCGUUGUCACAGAUCACAAUCGCAUGUUCCGUGAUAUUUCCGAUCCUACCCACUAUUGGAUUUGCCCCGAGGGUCAAGAGAAAGCCAGCUACAUUCAAUGUCCUCCCAAUGAGGCCUUCAUGGAGGCUCCCCAAAAAUGCGUUGUCUGGGAAGAAUGGAAAUGGGUUGAACCUUACACAAAAUAAG